CUACACGUGGAGGCAAAACAGAAAAUCAGUGAGCUGUAAGCACCGAAGGUUAUAGUAAUUAAUGUAUUCUUAAUUGUGGGUUUAUUUCAGUUUUAAAAGUAAAUUGUUUGUACUCGCAUUAGCUUUAUCAGCCUGCUGUACAUUUUGAGUGCUCGUCAAGUGAACAACUGAACAUCUGUAUCGGACGUUGACCAUUAUCAGUAGUGCUCACCUGUUUCAUUGAGGGUUUUAUCGCUGCCAUUGUGAUUAUCAUAUCGCAGUUAUUUUUAGACAUUGACUAUCGAAUACCACAGUGUUGACUCGUGAGAUAAACUUCCAGGCUUUGCCCUCUUCGAGUCCGUAUGAAGGGAGAACGUUCUCGGACGUGGCGCUUCGGAUAACUUGAUCAAGAAAAUCAUCAGUCGUCAUACCUUUCUCGGUUUCCGUAUUUCUUGAUGUGAUCAGCGACAACUGGAAAUGCUGCUGGAUAAAGUUAUCGGUGGUUAUCUGGACCACUUGUUCGAAGGAUGGGAACCAUGGAUGAUUUCGUUGGCUUCGUCGUGUGCCACCGUCAUCCUGAUAAUCAGCUACAAUUUCUUGUUUCAAGAUGAAAGCCUUUUUCUUCGCGCUAAGAAAUUCGUCCUUCGCAAUGCGCGUCGAAUUCCGGCUGUUCGCAAUAAAAUCUCCCAGGAAUUCGAUGUAUCGAAAAAACGUAUGGAGAACGAGCUGAUGGCACCAACGAGAAAUUUGGGGUCGAUUAGGGCUUUACCGCAGUCCAGAUCAGCUGAAGAAGUUCUGGCUUUGGCCAAAAAGUAUAAAGAAACAGAAUCAGCUGACUGGAGCAAACUAUCCGGAGCCAUAUACUCGGGCUCGGAUGAGAUAACGAAACUUAGCACAUCCAUUUAUCCCAUGUUCGCUUGGUCCAAUCCUCUGCAUCCAGAUGUGUUUCCUUCCGUACGGCACAUGGAAUCCGAAGUAGUGCGAAUGUGCUGCACCAUGUUUAAUGGCGAUGAGAAGACUUGCGGCUCGAUGACUUCUGGUGGCACGGAAAGCAUUUUUAUGGCGUGCAAAGCGUACCGUGAUUAUGCCUUGGCAAGAGGAAUAAAGAAACCCGUCAUGGUGGUUCCCGUAACGGCACAUGCUGCGUUCGAAAAGUCGGCGGAUUACUUGUGCAUGGGCGUUCGAAAAAUUCCGAUGGACAGCACCACUUGCCAGGUCAAUCUGCGAGCUAUGAAAAAGGCGAUUGAUGGAAGAACAUGCAUGCUUGUGGGUUCUGCACCGCAUUUCCCACACGGAAUCAUUGAUCAAAUUGGGGAAAUUUCGGCACUGGGAUUGAAGUACAAAAUACCGGUGCACGUGGACAGCUGUCUUGGAGGAUUUUUAAUUCCGUUUAUGGAAAAGGCUGGUUAUCCUCUUGAACUCUUUGAUUUCCGGCUGGAGGGAGUGACUAGCAUUUCUGCCGAUACUCACAAGUACGGAUAUGCACCAAAAGGAUCCUCGGUCAUCCUAUACAGGAACCACACAUAUCUUCAUCAUCAGUAUUCCGUAACACCAGAUUGGCCAGGUGGGAUUUAUGCAUCGCCCACCAUGAGCGGAAGUCGCGUGGGUGCAUCCAUUGCUUCAGCAUGGUCGGUAAUGUUAUACAUGGGAGAGGAUGGUUAUGUGAAAGCCACGAAAGAAACCAUUGAAACCACACGGAAAAUUAAGGAAGCGCUGAAGAAAAUGAAGAAUAUUUACAUCCUGGGUGACCCGCUGGUCAGCGUGAUAGCAGUGGGCUCCAAAGAUUUCAAUGUGUAUCUUCUCAGUGACGCCAUGUCUGCUCGAGGAUGGCAUUUGAAUGCUCUGCAGUUUCCCAGCAGCAUACAUGUCUGCAUCACGAAGCGACAUACCAAACCCGGAGUGGCGGAGAAGUUUUUGCAGGAAUUGCAAGAAUGUAUAACUAACAUUAUGGAAAAUCCUCCCAAGGAGGAUACCGGUAUGGCAGCUAUUUAUGGACUGGCUCAGAGUAUUCCGGAUCGUACUAUAAUCAGUGAAAUGGCCUGGGCCUAUCUGGACUCCUGUGUUGCUCUUCCUGGUUCUGGCUCUUAACAUCUUCCCCGUUUCUGUUGACAGUUUCACUUGCUGUGAUUUUCUUAUGCCGAAAUUUUAUUGUUUUAAUUGGAUUUUUAUAAUAGGUUUUCAUUUAGUUUCUUUUACUCUUUUAACUGAAAUGAGAUCAUGUUCUGUGUAAAAUCAGCACCGAUGUCGAAUAACUAACUAGAUGUUUGGUAAAAAUGAAAAUCUGACAAUUAUCAUCCGAGUGUCGAAGGGAAUCCGUGGAAAUAGGUGUGUUUUCCAAUUUGAUUAAAAUCACAAU